AUGUCCGCCUCGAAGAAAAUCUUUUCCCUCGAGGGAAAGGGUCUGAAGCUCACCACCGCCGAGGAUGUCGAGCCACACAUUGCAGCCCUCCGCGCCAACGACGUCGAAGAGGUGCACCUGCUAGGCAACAGCUUGGGUAUUGAGGCCUGCAAGGUCCUUGGUGAAGUCCUCGCGACCAAGAAGAAUCUCAAGGUCGCCAACCUUGCCGACAUCUUCACCGCUCGCCUCCUCUCCGAAAUCCCCGACGCCCUCUCGCACCUUCUCACCUCGAUCCUGAACCUGCCGAACCUCCACACAAUCAACGUCAACGACAACGCCUUUGGCCUCAACACGCAAGCCCCUCUCGUCGCCUUCCUCGCCGCCCACGUGCCGCUGCAGCACCUCUACCUCAACAACAAUGGCCUCGGCCCGCACGCCGGUAUCCUGAUUGCUGAUGCGCUCUCGGAGCUGCACGCCAAGAAGGAGGCGGCCCGCAAGGAGGGAAAGACGGUGUCCGACCUCGAGACCGUCAUCUGCGGCCGCAACCGUCUGGAGAAUGGCAGCAUGACGGCCUGGGCGAAGACGUACAGCCUGCACAACAAGAUCAAGGUGAUCAAGAUGGUGCAAAACGGCAUCCGCCAGGAGGGCAUCAGCCACCUCAUCAGCGAGGGCCUCAAGCACACCAUCGACCUGCAGGUCCUCGACCUCCAAGACAACACAUUUACGCUCCGGGGCUCCAAGGCGCUGGCCUCCAUCGCCCCAAGCUGGGCGUCGCUGCGUGAGCUCGCUGUCGGCGACUGCCUGCUCGGCGGCAAGGGCAGCGUAGUAGUUGCCGGCGCGCUUGCCAAGGGCAAGAACACCAAGCUUGAGACGCUGCGUCUGCAGUUCAACGACAUGACGCCCCCGGGUGUCAAGGGCUUCGCCGACGCCGCCAAGAACCUGCCGGCCCUGAAGCGCAUCGAGCUCAACGGCAACAAGUUUGAGGAAGAGGACGAAAGCAUCGCGGCGCUGCAAGAGUUGCUUGACGAGCGCAAGGAGGCUCUUGCCGGCGACGUGGUCGUCGAGGACGAGUGGGGUGUGGAUGAGCUCGACGAGCUUGAGGGUAUCGACAGCGACGAGGAGGAAGAAGAGGACGAGGACGAUGAUGAAGACAACGUGACGCCCGAGGAGCGUGCUGAGAAGCUCAUCAAGGAGGCCGAGGAAGCACAGGAGGAGCCUACGGUGCAGCUCGAGGACAAGAACGUGGACGAGCUUGCCAAGAAGCUGGAGAAGACGGGCAUUUAA